GGUGUUCUGGUGGAAGGAGAAGAUUGUUCGAACUGGAAGGCAACCAUGUAGCGAAAGAAGGGAACAUAUAAGGAGAGUGUGAUCUAGAAUGAAUAUAUGUAUCCCAAGGCGAGCUAUCGCAAUCUGCGAAUAGUGAAGCAUGAGAAACCCGGCAAAGGACCAAGCUUGGAUGGACUUACUAGAGAGAACAUAAUAGAUAUUACGAAGGGAAUGGAAUGAGGUGUCUUCCAAGGCAGAGGCGUGGAUAUUCAAGCCUCUCUGUCGAGACGCCUCGCUUCGGAGUAGAGCAUAAUGAGGAGGAGGAACAGGCGCUCGUCUUCGGUCCGCACGAGGGGGCUGAGGCGGACCACAGGGAACUUGGUAGUUGAAAACGAUACGAUGCAGGAUCGGAGCUCUGCCAGAGUGGUAUUGUCGCUGUUCACAACCUACAAAGAGACGUGAAAAUGAACUCAGUUGAAAUGAGCACUGGGGGAGGAGAACACGCACCGACCACGUUUCCGUGGAGUUGCUGUACCGCACCGCGUACUCCUCGUGACUGUC